ACCAAUAGAUACCCAACAGAACCAGGCUUCACCUGACAAGACUGCACCCACGGCCCUGGCAAAUCAGGGCAGCACGUCAACCGGCAACACAAGCUCCAGCAUCAUCUAUCCCAACAUCGAUCCUCAAGAACUUGGCAGUUCAGGACAUGAGGAGCAAAGUAGUUCAAUACACAACCAUGAAUUUGUUUCAUCUAACAAGCACCAAAAAGAAAAACAAAAAGAAGUUGACACCAAUUAUCAAGGCGAAGAACAACUCAAACAAGAAAAUGACACCUACAACAACUCCAUUCACAAGAGUG